GAAAAUCUGGAGUAUAUAAACCUCGUGCACCUGUUCCCUGUCGCCGUUGGUGGUUCCAGCCAUUUUUCUCCUUCCAUACCGAGUGAGAGUUGGCACGAUGUCGACGCUGGCGGGGCCUCACGUCCCGACCGCCGCUCAGCUGGCCAACGUCACCGAUGGACUCGACGCCGCCUCGCCGCUGUUCCUGUCGGGCGCCGUGGCGAGCGGGCGCUACGAGGUCAAGAUGCUGGGCUGGAACACCCCUCCGGAGUACAUGGACUACGUCAACCCUUACUGGAAGACGUUCGAGGCGCCCAACCCCUUCCUGCACUACAUGCUCGGCGUCUUCUACACUUUCUUCAUGUUCGCUGCGCUCUGUGGCAAUGGCGUCGUGCUGUGGGUCUUCACAUCCGCUAAGAGCCUCCGCACGCCCUCCAACAUGUUCGUGGUGAACCUCGCCCUCCUCGACUUCAUCAUGAUGCUCAAGACGCCCGUGUUCAUCGUCAACUCCUUCAACGAGGGGCCCAUUUGGGGCAAGUUCGGCUGCGACAUCUUCGCCCUCAUGGGGUCCUACUCCGGGAUCUGCGGCGCCAUGACCAACGCGGCCAUUGCCUACGACAGAUACAAGACUAUCGCAAAGCCGUUCGAGCCCAAGAUUAAGUCUGGCACGGCGUUCCUGAUCGUGCUGGGGACCUGGGCCUAUGCCACGCCCUGGUGCCUGAUGCCCCUCUUCGGCAUCUGGGGCAGGUUCGUGCCAGAGGGCUUCCUGACGACCUGCUCCUUCGACUACCUGACGGAGGACGAGAACACCCGCACCUUCGUGGCCGCUAUCUUCUUCUUCUCGUACAUCGUGCCCGGUUUCUUCAUCGUGUUCUUCUACAGUCAGAUCUUCAGUCACGUCCGAGCUCACGAGAAGGCGAUGAGGGCUCAGGCCAAGAAGAUGAACGUUGACAACCUGCGAAGUGUUGGCAGCAAAGAGGACCAGGAGAAAUCCGCAGAGAUUCGCAUUGCCAAGGUUUGCAUGGGACUUUUCUUCAUGUUCCUCGUGGCAUGGACACCAUACGCUGUGGUCGCUCUCAUCGGCGCUUUCGGAAACAGGUCUGUCCUCACGCCCCUGGUGUCGAUGCUCCCCGCCCUGGCCUGCAAGAGCAUGGCCUGCAUCGACCCCUGGGUGUACGCCAUCAACCACCCGAGAUACAGGUUGGAGUUGCAGAAGAGGAUGCCUUGGUUCUGCAUCCACGAGGAUAAGCCGCAGGACACCGCCUCCCAGGCCUCCAACAACACCGAAAAGGCUUAGGAAGACAGAUGACGAAGUUCUUGCCGCGGUUGACAAAGCCACUUGUUUUCAGUUCGAGCUCGAUGAAAAACAAUGACGAAAAUUAUAAUAAUGGUGCAGACGCAAGCAAAAAAAAAAAAAAAAAAAAAAAAAAUAACCAACAAACAAAAACAUAUAGGGUAUUAAUUCUUGCCCAAGGCUGUUAUUCGCUGUCUGGCCUGGGAAUCAUUGCGUAUCGUUGAGCAUUUUAGUUGCGAGUAGUGUAAGACUAUGGCCGAUAACGGAUACAAAAAAAAAAAAGCAUACAGUAUGAAUUCACUUUUACUCUAAAAAAAAAAAAAAAAAAAAAAAAAAAAGAACGGCAAAACGAA